AUGCUGUCCACCAGCUGGCUUCUCCUCCUGGUAUACUUGGGGCUGGCCUGCGCCGGUCGGCCGCCAACCGACGAGGGAUGCGUGACGGCGGUGUACACCGCCCUGGGUUAUCUCUCUUUUUCCGGCGACCCGACCCAAGGAGCCUGGGAGGCGCGCUGUCAGAACCGGCUGAAAGUGACUUCCACAUAUGCCUCGGCGGAUGUUUACUGUACGGAGGAGGAGCAAGCCGCCGGAUUCGCUCAGUUGCAGGGCUACUGCCUGGAAUAUGGCAAGGUCGAAUUGUUGCCUCGAGAGCAGGUGGCCGAGAAUCUCACCCACGAUGCGCUCAGUCGCAUGCCUGUCGUUGAAUAUGGGCAGAUUCCAAAGUCGCAGCGCAUCCCUACUGCAGUUCUCAUCUCUCCGACCUUCUAUCGUCGGACCUUUGACACGAUUGAUACUUGGCAAUUCGAGGUUUGGUCGCACAAUGCAUUCGGCCUAUUAGGAUAUGCAUUUUGGGCCCUCGUUCUCGCUGUUGGCAUCUUUCAUCGUCUCGUGCGACACAUCUUCCACGCGCUAGACAUUCGGGCAGGACAGUGGGCGCGAUCUCGUGUGAGAUGGCUAUGGAUACCGCUAGAUGGGACGUAUCACUGGUUGCAAACUCAUCUAGUGGUACCGGCCCCAUUGUCAUCGCCACGGCGGAAGCUGCUUUGGUGGACGUUUCCUACACGCAUUGAAGCAGUGACCGUUUUAUUGUUCUGGGUGUUGAGCGUCGUCGUCUGCACAUUGGAGUACCGGCCAGUCGAGGGAAAUCUCUAUUGGCCCUCCAUACCAGAUCAGAUUAUGCGCUAUGCCGCUGACCGAACGGGUGUCUUGUCUUUCGCCAAUCUCCCGCUAGUGUGGCUCUUUGCCGGACGCAACAACAUCUUCAUUUGGGCGACAGGAUGGAGCUUUGGGACGUUCAACUUGUUUCAUCGACAUGUUGCGUGGAUUGCUACUGUCCAGGCUGUCGCACAUACCCUCAUCUACCUUGUCAUCAUGUACCAAAAAGGCAACGUGAUCAGGAAGCUCCACAAGCCGUAUCUAAUCUGGGGAACACUGGCAACCGUCGUGAUGGUCGCCAUUCUUCCCUUUGCCGUGCAAUGGUUCCGCCACCGGUUAUACGAAACAUUUCUACUACUACACAUCCUCUUUUCCAUUGCUGUUCUAUUCGGUUGCUUCUACCACACAAUCAUCUUCGAAGGCCACGACUACUGGAACUACCUUUGGCCAGCAGUAGCCAUCUGGAUCGUCGACCGAUCCCUGCGCCUAAUCCGCCUCAUCUACUGCAACAUCCACGUGCGAGCCAACGCCGGAAAAGGCGUCCAGUAUACGCGCAGCACAGCAACCUACGACCCAUCAUCCGACGUCAUUCGUCUAGAAGUGACCCCGGGAUCAGCUCACAUCCGCCCCUCUCCGGGAGACUUCUACUAUCUCUAUCAGCCCUUCCGACUAACCGGUUGGGAAAGCCACCCAUUCACCCUCGGCGCAUGGUCUUACGACACUCAUGAACCUCAAUUCGUCUCAACAAAAGACAACGAAGUAGACAUAGACGUCACUCAAGUGCCCCUCCUCUCCGACCCAUCCUCACCAGGCACAGCCACCCCCGACGAAACACAACUGAAGCACCCACAAAAGCACAGUCACAACCGCCAUGUCCAGCAGCAAAUCCCCAAAUUCAUCUUCUGGAUUCGUCCGUACGACGGCUGGACCCGCUCCCUUCGCCAGCAAUGCAUCAACUCCACCGAUCUAACCACCACCACAACCGUCCUCCUCGAAGGGCCGUACGGUAACCACUUUCCACUGUGGAGCUACGAAUCUGUCCUACUUAUAGCGGGAGGAACGGGCAUAGCAGCCGCGGUACCGUAUAUCCAGGAUCAUAUGGUGCGGUCAUCUACCGAAUCAGAGCAGCUUCCCUCGUUGAGUAGAAAGGACAGCAACACAACACAGACAAAGGAUAUGCGUCUGAUCUGGGUAACCCGCCAAGAAGCAUUCGCGCAGCAGGUGGCAGGGAAAGAAUUAGCGCCUGCGUUGGCGAGGGAUGAUUUCCGGGCGGAGUUUUAUUGCACUUCGUCUUCAACUCCCGCUCCCCCCAGAUCUGUCGGUCACGGCGACGACGACGACGACGACGACGACGACGGAAGCGAUACAGAUACAGACCGACGAAGUAGCCGCGACCAUCUUUGGAAGGGAGGCUCUGGGAACAUCAAUUUCCUUCCCGGUCGGCCCAAUCUAGAAUCACUCGUGCUUGACCACGCGCACGAAGCCCAGCUCAGUGAAUCAUCUGCUGUGGUACUGGUAUGUGGGCCUUCCGCGUUGGCGGAUGAAGCGCGUGCGGCGGUGCAUUUGGCUAUGAGACGGGGAUAUAGGCGGAUACGAUAUGUGGAGGAAUCAUUUAGUUGGCAAGUACAUGCUAUGAUUUCCACUGGGCUGUUGAUACAUGUCGGACCGUAUGCGACAGCCGAAUCAUCAUGA